CUCCGUCUGGAACCCAACGGCUGGAAAAGAAAGAAGGGGAAAAAAUCGGAGAAAAGAAAAACGCUUCGCUUUCACACCUGAAAAGCUCGAAAGGACCUCCCUCUCACACUUCGUACGUGCAGAUCGAUUAGGGUUUGAAAUUUAGGGUUUGUUCUUCUCUCUCAGCUCGAGAUCUCUGGUGGAACAAUGGCAGAUCGCGGAUCUUUUGGUUUCGGUCCUCGAUUAGAUAUAGAACAAUUGCUAUCAGAAGCUCAGCACCGGUGGUUGAGGCCCUCUGAGAUUUGUGAAAUUCUUCGGAACUAUCAGAAGUUUCAUAUUGCGUCCGAGCCUCCCAACCGACCACCUAGUGGUUCACUCUUUCUUUUCGAUAGAAAGGUUCUCAGAUACUUCCGAAAAGAUGGUCACAACUGGAGGAAGAAAAAGGAUGGAAAGACAAUCAAAGAAGCCCAUGAGAAAUUGAAGGUGGGAAGUGUUGACAUGCUACAUUGUUACUACGCACAUGGGGAAGACAAUUCGAAUUUCCAGAGACGUAGCUACUGGAUGCUUGAGCAGGACUUUAUGCAUAUUGUUUUUGUUCAUUACUUGGAGGUUAAGGGAAAUCGGAUGAGUACUGGAGGAAUAAAAGAAAAUAAUUCAAAUUCCGUAAAUGACACUACAUCGGUCCAUAUUGGUUCAACAGCAAGUCCAACCAGCACUUUGUCAUCACUAUGUGAAGAUGCUGAUUCUGGGGAUAUUCAUCGAGCAAGUUCUAGUAUGCAAGCACUGUCUGAUCCUAAAAUUGUUACUCAGAUAGGGGACACACAGGAUGCGAGCAUAUUGAAUUCUUAUUAUAUGAGUUCUUUUUCAGGAACUCGUGAGGGUUGGAUGUCGGCUCCAGGAGCAGGCGUUAUCUCUCAGAUUCGUGAUUCCCAGGGAUCAGUUGGUGUCCCAGUGUGGAGGGCUGCCUUUGAGGAUUCAACAACGAAUUAUCAUAAUCUGCCUUGUAAUGAUCUGUUAAGUCAGAUGCCGCCUUCUACGACUGGAUUGAUGCUUGUGCCUGGCAUGGAAAAUGCUGGUCAAGGUGGACUGAUAGCUGCAGACAAUGACAAUAAGGAGCAUCUCAGAAAUCCUCUUCAAAACCAAGUAAAUUGGCAGAUUCCUGGUCAGGACAAUUUACCAUUGCCAAAAUGGCCUAUGGAUCUUGUUUCACUGGCUGGAAUGGGCGAUGGUACAGAUCUGACGGUGUUUGAGCAAAGAGCACAUAAUAGUUUUGAGACAUUUUCCAGUCUUCUUGAUACUCAAAGACAACAGUCUAUUGGGAAUGGUAUUCAGUUUCCUCUUACAAGUGUGGAAUCUGACUAUAUACCAAAAUUAAACCCUGAUGAUCUACAACAUGAAACAAGCACAAGCCUGAUGUUACCUAGAAAAUCAUUGUUGAGUAAGGAGGAUAGUUUGAAAAAGGUUGACAGUUUCUCUCGAUGGGUUAGUAAAGAACUUGGUGAGAUGGAGGAUCUGAAGAUGCAGUCAUCUGGAGGCAUUGCAUGGACUACUGUUGAGUGUGAAACUGCAGCAGCUGGGUCGUCCUUGAGCCCUUCUCUCCCCCAGGACCAGCGCUUCACCAUAAUCGAUUUCUGGCCUAAAUGGGGGCACAUAGACUCAGAAGUUGAGGUUAUGGUUAUUGGGACGUUUUUGAUGAGUAAACAAGAGGUCACAAGAUAUAACUGGUCAUGCAUGUUUGGGGAAGUGGAGGUUCCAGCUGAAAUUCUAGUAGAUGGUGUCCUUUGUUGUCAUGCUCCGCCACACACUGUUGGUCAAGUUCCAUUUUAUGUUACAUGUUCAGACAGGUUUGCUUGCAGUGAAGUUCGAGAAUUUGAUUUCCUCCCUGGCUUUACCAAAAAACUUAAUGCUACUGCUGUUUAUGGUGCUACUACAAGUGAAGCAUCACUUUAUACACGGUUUGAGAGGCUACUGGCUCACAGAUCUCCUGCACACGAACAUCACAUAUUCGAAGGUGUUGGGGAGAAAAGGAAAAAAAUCAGUAAAAUCAUGUUGAUAAAGGAUGAAACAGAGUCUUUGUUGCCUGGGACAACCCAAAAAGAUUCAACCGAACAAGAAGCAAAAGGUCGAGUUAUCAGGGACCUGUUUGAAGAAAAAAUAUAUAUAUGGCUCAUCCAUAAAGUGACUGAAGAUGGUAAGGGUCCAAAUAUACUGGAUGAAGAGGGGCAGGGUGUUCUACAUUUUGCUGCUGCCCUUGGCUAUGAUUGGGCGAUAAAACCAAUUUUAGCAGCAGGAGUUAGCAUUAAUUUCCGUGAUGCAAAUGGAUGGACUGCCCUUCACUGGGCUGCAUUCAGUGGCAGGGAGCAAACAGUUGCUGUACUUGUCUCUCUGGGUGCUGAUGCUGGAGCAUCGACUGACCCAUCUCCAGAGUUUCCUUUGGGUAAAACGGCUGCUGACUUAGGUUCUGGAAAUGGACACAAGGGAAUUUCAGGUUUUCUUGCAGAGUCUUCCCUCACUAGUUAUCUUGAACAGCUAAAAAUGAAUGAAUCCAAGGAAAACAGCUCUGCUGACUCCUGUGGAGCAAAAGUUGUUCAAACUGUCUCUGAGCGAACAGCUACUCCUAUGAGUUAUGGUGAUGUACCAGAAGCGCUCUGCUUGAAGGAUUCACUUACUGCUGUCUGUAAUGCUACACAAGCAGCUGACCGCAUACAUCAAGUUUUCAGGAUGCAGUCAUUCCAGCGGAAACAGCUGUCUCAAUUUGCCGGUGAUGAAUCAGACAUAUCCGAUGAAUUGGCUGUUUCUUUUGCAGCUGCCAAGACUGGGAAACCAGGACACAGUGAAGGCGUUGUACACGCUGCUGCCGUUCAUAUCCAGAAAAAGUAUCGUGGUUGGAAGAAGAGGAAGGAAUUUAUCUUGAUCCGACAAAGAAUUGUUAAGAUCCAGGCUCACGUGAGAGGGCAUCAGGUUCGGAAACAAUACAGAGCGAUCAUUUGGUCAGUGGGGAUACUUGAGAAAAUUAUAUUGCGGUGGAGACGGAAGGGCAGUGGUCUAAGGGGAUUUAGACGUGAAGGUGGUGCAAACGCAGCAAAACAGGCUAAACCCGGAACGAGUUUAACUCAGAAGGAAGAUGAUGAAUAUGAUUUUCUAAAGGAGGGAAAGAAACAAACAGAAGAGAGGUUGAAGAAAGCGCUGACGAGGGUGAAGUCAAUGGUUCAAUAUCCAGAAGCACGGGCUCAGUACCGUCGGCUGUUGACUGUUGUUGAGGGUUUCCGCGUAACUGAGGAGGCCUCAAAUUCAGGGGCGAACAGCAACAGCAACAACAACAACAACAAUGCAGAAGAAGGAGAUGGAGAAGGCAAAGCGGAUGAUGAUUAUCUUCUAGACAUUGACUCUCUUUUGGAUGACGACACUUUCAUGUCGAUUGCCUUUGAGUGAUUCAUGAGUGAGAAUGACACCACACGUACAUAAUAGGGUAUCAGGUAUCAUCAUCUCAUACUUCCUAACCCAGAAAAAGAAAGAAAGAAUAGGACCGUUAUGUAGUAUUGGAGGAUAGUGUUGAUAUUUGAUUUAAAUAUACUAGGGGGAAGUAGCAAAGUAGCAAAGUAGCAAAGUAAAUUGUUUGGUCUUGUUGGGGUAGUUAAAUGGAAGAAGCAGGAGAGCAGACAAGUGUUUUACUUGUCUUCUAGGGAAGAAGAGAUAUGUGGUAACACUGGGGCUUUUGCAUAUAUAUACACACACAUGUGUGUGUGAAUUGGUGUAUUAUGUUUGUGUGCAGCGAGAGCCAAAGCCCUGGGUUGGUGGGUUGUACACAAAUUACAUACAUGUAUGCUAUGUUUGUAUACGUGUGAAUGCAUUUCUGAUCCAAAGACCCUAGUUGUAAAGGACCGAACCUCGUCGAAUCUCAACGAAUGUUUGAUC